CUCGAGUGAGCAGAAGAGAGCGCAAGAGAAAUUGCGAAGCUUCUCGCGCUCGGCUGCACAAUUUUAUCGGCCGAUGCGUCGCUUAAUGUUAUUUCAAUGGGCUGCGGUGGGAGCCGUGCAGAUGCUAUUGAACCGCGAUAUCAUGAGAGCUGGACCAGAGAGACUGAAUCGACGUGGCUGACCAAUACUGAUGCUGAAAUCCCUCACGGAGUGACUUAUAAGAAUCAUGUCGUUCGUGGAGAAUGUAACCAUACUAUUAAAGAGAAUGCAAAAUUAUCAGGUAGAGGUGUGGAGACCAAAGCUUCAAGACAAGACAGACGGAUGGUUAAUGCAGGAACUCAAUGUGGGAAGCAGGUUUUGACUACAAGUCCCUGUACAAAUCAUCAAAGGACAAACUGCCAAUGUAGUCAUGAGAUAAGUGACUCAAAGCAGACAACAUCCAAGGAGGGAACUACUCGUUCAGAGGAUGUUUCAUCUGUUAGUAAUGCUGCCUAUUACCCAGGGGAGCCAAGUGGGAAAAACUCAUCUUCGUCUGAGAUGGAGAGCACACACACUAAAACGCAGAGGAGUUAUGGGCUAAAUGAGAAAUCAUAAAGGCAGUAGAGAGAAAUUGAGCUUUAUCACAAGUCAUAACAUCUCAGUAUUACACUGUUGUUGAAAUAUUACACUUUGCCUACAGUAAAUGGUUUUGAAAAGGUACAUUUCACCAUUAGCUUGUCAGAUAUGGAUUUUAUAGCACUCUGGCCUCAGUUUAGUGGCACCCUGAUUUCCUCAUAUGCUCAUUGUCUUUACUGAACAAUGCACACAUUCAUAUUAUUCUGCAGUCAGUUGCAAGAAAACCCUUAGGUUUUGUUCACACUGCAGGAAAAAUCUGAUUUUUCCUCAAAUUUUUUUCAGUGACUGUUCAAACUGCAAGUUAUAUGUGGCCGGAUCAGAUUUUUUUAUGUUUAGAUGCUUUUGCUAUAACGUCCACAUUAGUUGUUUAUGCUUUUCAUGAGGGCAGUAUCCAAAUAUGAACAUUCUUCACAGACAACGGCUUAAAAUUGGGAGAGGUGGCAUAUGCAAUGUUUGUUGCUGCUAGUGUUGUUGCUGCCCAUUUUAGCAGGGACGUUCUAUAUUUUGGCCGAACUUAUGACGUCUCAUACAGGACGCCUUUUAUUUUGGGGUCCUGUAUAAUCCAACCCAAUCUCAUGAAAAGUUGUACAUCAUUUACGAGUUGGCUAUUUUGUAUGGUCUCGCACGAUGUUGUUCGCAUAAACUCGUACGACUUCAUCAUAUGGAAAUUCCCGGAUGUCUAAUGCGGAAGUAAGCAUGAGUUCCGCGCACAAGGCGUUAAGGACAUACUUAUUAAUAUUAUGCCCUUACCCAAACCCCUUAUCUAAACUUAACCAAUCAGUAGAGUGUGUAAACAUGAUAGGAAGCAGUUGUGUGUGACAGAAGUAAGUAAUUGUCAUGAAUUAGAUGGAAACGAUGUCCAGCGACGUCAUUGGCUGUAGUGAAAGUCGUAGGAAUUCAAACGAGUGCAGUCGCACGAUAUCAUAUGAAUUAGCCAAAUUUAGAAAAGUUGUACGAAUCCUGCCAAUUUUGCCGUGAGCGUGUGUUGGAUGAUCUCUAUGCCCUGUUUACCUUCCACUGUGAGAGUUUUGUAGGGCUGAAAUGUGUAAUAAAACAGGCUGAACUCAUUUUGAAGUAAUUUUUAUUGAAAAUUCUGUUUGUAACGAUCCUACUGCAUGGCCAUCAUUAUUGUAUUCAAUUUGAAGAGCCCUGUGAAGGCAUUGAUUAUGCCAUUCUGAGCGCAGUAUAUUUUCUCAUUGCAAAACCUGAUGUAUAACAGCCAUCACGCACAGCAAAUGACGAAAAACUCCCCCACAUGAAAUCCAAUCUGACCGUUCAGACUGAGACGCAUUAAGAAAAAUCAGAAUUUAAUCGGAUUCCAAACCACCUACCAAUGUGGUUUGGAUAAGGCUUGUUAAAAUCGGAUUUAAUGUGUUUUUGUCCUGUUCAGACUACAAAAGCCUAAAUGGAUCUGAGUGACAGCAUCCAAAAAAAAUCCGAUUUUUUCUGCCUGUGUGAACAUAGCCGUAGUUACAAUAGCCUUGAAAUACAGUUAGGGGUUUCUUAACUUAAGAGGUUUCUUGCAACUGGACCGAUAUCUCAAUAUCUUUAGGAAUUAAGAAUGUUUAUCUGCACUGCAUUUUGCAAUUCUAAUACCAAUAUUAAAAAGUAGCCUACCAAAUAUGUUUGUCUUGCUUGAAUGAAAAAUGUAAUAAAAUAUGUAUGUAAA